AUGGACAAAUAUUUGAUAAGAAAACCAUGUACCCAAGAUUCAGCUCCUGCACAAGAUUCAUCUUCAUCUUCUAAGCGAAUUCGUGUUGACUUUAACUUAGAGAAUCUUCCUUCAGAUCCUGGGCUACGAGAAAAAAUCUCAUCUUAUCAUCCUAAUCAUCAUGAUGAAAUAAGAAGAUAUUAUUUAACAAAAGGCCCUUGUCAACCUGUUUUACACAGUGAUGAUUACCCUAUAUCUUUUUUUUCUGGAAAGCCCCGUCGAUUUUUAUCCAAAUGGUAUAAAGAUAGAUGCUGGUUGGAAUAUAGUAUAGACAAAGAUGCAGUAUUCUGUUUUUAUUGCUACCUAUUUGGACAAGAUGUUGGUAAGCAAGGGGGAGGUGACACUUUUGUAACAAAGGGAUUCAAACUUUGGAAUCAGAAAGAUAAGUUAAAUUCCCAUGUUGGAGGAGUUAAUAGUGCUCAUUACCAAGCUGUCAAGAAGGGUAAUGAUUUGUUGAAUGAAAAGCAACACAUUCAAAGUGUUUUUGUUAAGCAAUCAAAUCAAGAUAAAAUUGACUAUCGGAUUCAAUUAAAUGCAAUAGUUGAUUGCAUAAGAUUCCUUUUAUGCCGAGGAUUAGCUUUUCGUGGUCACGAUGAAUCUCAAGGUUCAAGUGAUAAAGGAAAUUUCCUUGAGCUUGUACAAUUUUUGGGGGAUCACAAUGAAUCUAUCAAUGAAGUGUUGCAAAAAGCUUCGAAAAAUUGCAAGCUUACCCACCCUGACAUUCAAAAAGAUAUUGUGAAUGCAAUUGCACGUGAAACAUCCAAAGCCAUCAUCAAGGAUCUCGACAAUGGGUUCUUUUCAAUAUUAGUUGAUGAGUCACGUGAUAUCUCAGUGAAAGAACAAAUGGCCCUCAUUCUUCGUUAUGUGAACAAAGAAGGAAUUAUUAUAGAGCGAUUCCUUGGUAUUGUACAUGUAGCAAGUACUACCGCUUUGUCACUCAAGCAUGCUAUUGAAUGUUUACUUUGUGAACAUAAUUUGAGUUUAUCGAACCUACGUGGGCAAGGUUAUGACGGGGCUAGUAAUAUGCAAGGUGAUAUCAAUGGUCUCAAAACUUUAAUUUUGAAAGAGAACAAGUCAGCAUUUUAUGUCCAUUGUUUUGCUCAUCAACUUCAAUUGACACUUGUUGCUGUUGCUAAAAAUCACAUUAACAUUGCUGAAUUUUUUUAUGUGGUUAGUAAUUUAGUAACUGUUGUUGGAGGCUCUUGUAAGAGACGAGAUGCUCUUCGAGAUACACAAUUUGCCAAGAUUAAAGAAGAUUUAGAGAAUGGUGUACGUAGAAGUGGGCAAGGUUUGAAUCAAGAGACAAAUCUUAAACGUCCUGGUGAUACACGUUGGGGAUCAUAUUAUGGGACCAUUCUCAGUUUGAUUUUGAUGUUCUCUGCUGUUGUUGAUGUACUAGAGAUUAUUGAAGAAGAUGGCCUCUCCGACCAAAAAGUUGAAGCUCGAUCUAUUAUAAGGUCAAUUCUUUCUUUUGAAUUUCAACGGUUGCAAGUGAUGAGAGAUGAUGGAUGGGCAUCUUUAUUGGCUGAAGUAUCUUUAUUUUGUACCUCACAUGAUAUUCCUAUCUUGGACAUGGAAGCGAUAUUUGUAGUUAGUGGGAGGCCGCGACGCAACACCCAACAAAAUACAAAUUUACAUCAUUAUCGUGUUGAGCUAUUCUACACAGUCAUAGAUAUGCAACUUCAAGAGCUUAACAACCGUUUUUCUGAGGCGAAUACUGAUUUGCUACUUUGUAUGGCUUGCUUGAAUCCAAGUAAUUCAUUUGUGGCUUUCGAUAAGGAAAAGUUGAUACGUCUAGCUAAGUUCUAUCCCUCUGAUUUUCUUGGGACAGAUAUUUUGGCACUUGACUCUCAACUGCAAAAUUAUAUUUUUGAUAUGCGCAGCAAUGACUUCUUUUUAGAGCUUCAAGGAGUUAGUGAACUUGCUGAAAAGUUAGUGAGCACAAGAAAACACGAGACUUAUCCAUUAGUCUAUUUGCUAGUGAAGCUAGCUUUGACCCUUCCAGUUGCUACCGCAACAGUAGAAAGAAAUCCACCUACAACAGGCGAACCAGUUAAGGAGAAGACCUUUGAUUCUUUGAGAAUGAAUCCCUUUCUGGUUUCCACAUUCAAGUAUAAGAAAGGGCCUGAAAACAUAGAAGCAGCUUCUGAAACUGAAUGUGUGGUGUUCUUGACUAGCUUUGAAGAUGAUGAAUAUGAGUCAACUUCCACGAUGCAAGCACUCUUUCCAUGCACCUUGCAUUGA